GACUUGUCUGUCUGUCUUAGGCUCUUGUGCAAGCUGCCCGUCGCCACUUCCUCCUCCUCCUCCUCCACCAAGCAGGCUAGAUAGCCAACCUUAGAGAGAUCCCUUGUGGAUUUCAUGGAGACGGCAACACUUCUCUCUUCUCAGCUUAGGAGAAGCACCGGCUGGGAUUCCGUCAUGUCCUGCUUCUCCCACGUGUGGCACACGGAAGUGCCCAACUCUCCUCCCACGAGCCCCAUCAGCCCCGUCCCGGCUGCUCCGCACGAGUUCCCCGUCCCCCUCAGCCCCAUCGUGAUCACUUCUCCCGCCUCCUCGGAAGGCCGUCCCCGCGUGUGCUCGCCGGUGUGCUCUCCCACCUCCGGGAAGGUCCGGCUGGGCUCCCCCACCUCGCCGCAGCCGGGUUCCCCCAUCGAGUGCUCCAUCUGCUUCAACACCUAUGACAACCUCUUCAAGACGCCCAAGGUCCUCCAGUGCCAACACACCUUCUGCCUGGAGUGCCUGGCCCGCCUGACCGCCACUCUCCCCCCUCACCGAGUUGAGGACCAGCUCCCCUGCCCCUUCUGCCGCCAGAUCACCGAGAUCCCUCUCGAAGGGCCUCCGGGCCUCCAGACGAGCACAGAGCUCUUGGCCACCCUGCCUCCCGAGCUACAGCGGGAGAAAAUGAUCUGGAUGGAGGGCACCCGGCUCUGCUGCAGGCAGUCGUCCGACCCGGAGAGCGCCGAGCCCUGCAUCAGCAUAGACGUCGCCCCCAGCAAACCCGAAAUCCCUGUGGUGCCCCCUGAGAGCUUCAUGAGCAGGCUCGCCCGCUGCGACAUGUGCGAUGACUGGAAGCGCAUCAUGCUGCUCUCGGCCUUGAUCAUCAUCCUCUUCUGCAUCAUCCUGUGGCCGGUUCAGUGUGCCCUGAAGACGGGCAACCUCCGCUGCUUCACCAGGACUUACACGCUGAGCAGGCCACACUAUGUGCCGCCGCCUCCGACCACCACUCCAGCGCCAACGAUGAACAUUCUUGACCUCCUAGGGUGAGCCCAAGAGAGGGAGGGACUGUGUCUCAGUGGUCAGAGUACAUAUUUUGCAUGCAGGAGGCCCCCUGGAUUCAACCACCGGUACCUCCAAGUUGAAC